CACGAAUCUGGAACGCACGAGAUUUUUCAUGGAUUUGAACCCGAGCUUGACCUUGGCUUGUAACUUAUAAAUCAGAAACAAUGAACAUACAAGUGUUGAUUGUAGUUUUGUUGGAGGUCUGGAGGGAGAUCGAACAUGUCUACUUCUCGCAGUGCCGAUGGCGUCUUCAGUGGGAUCUUCGACUUUCCUUUCCAAUCUACCGGUCAGUCAUCUCGCAAUGCUCGAACAAUCGAUUCUAACGAUGCCGAUUUCAUCUUCUCCAACUUCUUUGGGCAGUCCCGUCCCAAGAUUCCACCAGUCCAAAGGAAUCUACCUUUUACCCUCGAGGAGCUUUACUCUGGUUCCAAACGCAAUAUUAAGAUCUCUAGGACCAUUCCUGAUGCUCAUGGCAAGGCAACAACUGUGGAGGAGAUGUUGGCGAUAGAUAUUAAGCCUGGCUGGAAGAAGGGAACUAAGAUAACUUAUCCAGAGAAGGGUAACCAAGAUCAAGGCACUAUUGCUGGAGAUUUGAUUUUCGUGAUUGAUGAGAAACCUCAUGCAGUUUACACAAGGGAUGGGAAUGAUCUGUUGGUGAACCAGAAGAUAUCACUCUUGGAUGCACUCACUGGGAAGACUCUUACCCUGACAACGCUGGAUGGGAGGGAGCUUGCAAUCCCAGUUACAAAUAUUGUGAAACCAGGUGAUGGGAUGGUGAUAGCAAAUGAGGGAAUGCCCAUCUCAAAACAAUUUGGGAAGAAAGGUGAUUUGAAAAUUAAAUUCGACGUCAAAUUCCCAUCCAGCCUCACUGAAGAUCAGAAAUCUGUUCUGAGGAGAGGGUUGGGACGGAGCUGAUGAAUAUGAACUGGAAGGUGAAGAAGUCAACAGUAGGAGGCAGCAGAGUUGUUUGGGGUGAAGGGUAUUUUGGUACCAAGUUUCAUGGUUAGUUUAAGUCUAUUUAUCUGGAUUUUAGAUCAUUUUAUGAUCUGGUUAUGGACUGUUUACAGCUUGAUUAGUCAAUUAUCUCGUUUAAAGUGUAA